CGACCAUGGCGGACAAGGAGGCCGGCGGCGGCGACUCAGGGCCCCGAGAAACAGCCCCCACGUCUGCAUAUUCAUCUCCGGCCCGGAGUCUGGGGGACACGGGAAUAACGCCAUUGUCCCCUUCCCAUAUUGUGAAUGACGCUGACCCGAAUGUCUCAGAGCAGCAGACAUUUCUCGUGGUGGUGGCCGUUGACUUUGGAACCACGUCCAGUGGCUAUGCCUAUAGCUUCACCAAGGAGCCAGAAUGUAUCCACGUGAUGAGGCGAUGGGAAGGAGGCGACCCUGGGGUGUCCAACCAGAAGACCCCGACCACCAUCUUGUUGACUCCCGAGAGGAAAUUCCACAGCUUUGGAUAUGCCGCCAGGGACUUUUACCAUGACCUGGAUCCCAACGAGGCCAAGCAGUGGCUGUACCUGGAGAAGUUCAAGAUGAAGUUGCAUACCACUGGGGACCUCACCAUGGAUACAGACUUAACGGCAGCAAACGGCAAGAAAGUCAAAGCCCUUGAAAUCUUCGCUUACGCCCUGCAGUACUUCAAGGAGCAGGCGCUGAAGGAGCUGAGUGACCAAGCGGGAUCGGAGUUUGAGAAUUCUGACGUCAGAUGGGUCAUCACAGUGCCCGCCAUUUGGAAACAGCCCGCCAAGCAGUUCAUGAGACAAGCUGCCUAUCAGGCAGGCCUGGCCUCCCCGGACAACUCGGAGCAGCUCAUCAUUGCCUUGGAGCCUGAGGCGGCCUCCAUCUACUGCCGGAAGCUGCGGCUGCACCAGAUGAUCGAGCUGAGCAGCAAGGCCGCGGUCAACGGGUACAGCUCCAGUGACACAGUGGGAGCUGGGUUUGCACAGGCUAAGGAGCACAUACGGCGUAACCGGCAGAGUCGGACCUUUUUGGUGGAGAAUGUCAUAGGAGAGAUCUGGUCCGAGCUGGAGGAAGGUGACAAGUACGUGGUUGUGGACAGUGGCGGUGGCACCGUCGACCUGACUGUCCAUCAGAUACGGCUACCGGAGGGACACCUUAAAGAACUGUAUAAAGCAACAGGUGGACCCUACGGAUCCUUAGGAGUAGAUUAUGAAUUUGAAAAACUUCUGUGUAAAAUAUUUGGAGAGGAUUUUAUCGAACAAUUCAAAAUCAAGCGUCCCGCGGCCUGGGUCGACUUAAUGAUUGCAUUUGAGUCUCGUAAGAGGGCGGCUGCCCCAGACCGAACUAACCCACUGAACAUCACCCUGCCCUUCUCCUUCAUCGACUACUACAAGAAGUUCCGUGGCCACAGCGUGGAGCACGCCUUGAGGAAGAGCAACGUGGAUUUUGUGAAGUGGUCCUCGCAGGGGAUGCUGAGGAUGAGUCCGGAUGCCAUGAAUGCCCUUUUCAAGCCAACCAUUGACAGCAUCAUUGAGCAUCUCCGGGACCUGUUUCAGAAGCCCGAAGUGUCCACGGUCAAGUUCCUCUUCCUGGUGGGAGGCUUUGCGGAGGCGCCCCUGCUGCAGCAGGCGGUGCAGGCUGCCUUCGGGGACAAGUGUCGCAUCAUCAUCCCCCAGGACGUAGGCCUCACCAUCCUCAAGGGCGCCGUUCUCUUCGGCCUGGACCCUGCCGUCAUCAAGGUGCGCCGGUCGCCCCUCACCUACGGGGUGGGCGUGCUGAACCGCUACGUGGAAGGCAAGCACCCCCCCGAGAAGCUGCUGGUGAAGGACGGCACUCGCUGGUGCACCGAUGUCUUCGACAAGUUCAUCUCCGCCGACCAGUCGGUGGCCCUGGGGGAGCUUGUCAAGCGUAGCUACACCCCGGCCAAGCCUUCCCAGCUGGUCAUCGUCAUCAACAUCUAUAGCUCCGAGCACGACGACGUGAGCUUCAUCACCGACCCGGGGGUAAAGAAGUGCGGUACCCUCCGCCUGGAUCUCACAGGGACCAGCGGCACAGCCGUGCCCCCCCGGAGGGAGAUCCAGACCCUCAUGCAGUUCGGGGACACAGAGAUCAAGGCCACAGCCAUCGAUAUAGCCACCUCGAAGAGUGUCAAGGUUGGGAUUGACUUCUUAAAUUACUAACGGGCCCUCCCGCCGCCUGCCCCGCCCUUGGACCCGGCUCACCUGCAUCUGCUGACCUCAACCCUGACUGUUCUUUCCCUGUCCUUGACCCUCAGCAUCGCCCACCUGGAUUUCAGCAGGGAAGAUGGGAACCACCAGGGCUGGAAAUAAUCAGGGGUUUUCGAGGGCACACUGGAGUCAGAACAACUGUCGGAAAUCGAGACUGAGGUUUGGGAAUAAGAAAUCCGAGGAUCCUGGGAGAGCAGCUCGUUUUUAUAGGUACAAAGUGGUGAAACCCGCACCCGCCAAGGGAAUCGGUCCACUUCUGCAGCUGCGACUCAGCUUGCUUUGAACGCAUCUCCGGUAAGCAGGACUCAGGAUGCCUUGUCGCUGUCUUUCUAGGUUGGACGUGAGAUCUCUGCGUCAGGAGGAGAUUCUUCAUCUAUUUGAGACGUUUCUUUGUACGUUUCUUGGGGGAUGGCAGUCAAUAUAAAAUGCCACCCAUCUGCAGUUAAUUUCUUGUCAUCACCAUGUGAUUGAAUGUGGUGAUUCAGCAGGAGCUUGGAGCAUUUUUAGCUGGUAGGAGAAGACUGCCCACGCGGGGCACUAUUUUAGGUUCUCGUAAUUUGAAUUCUGAAUAGGUUCAGUGAGGAGUAACGAUAGCCAGCUAAUCAGCUAGGAUUUGAGUGAGUGGGAGGACAGACACCUUAACUUUUCAGCAGGUGAAGACUUGCUUUAAGGGAAAUGGACAUUAAGGCACUGCUGACUUCUCCUGAGUCAUAUGCUGCGACAUCGUUCCCCGCAUGCCAGAUCCUGACUCCUGGGUUCAUAAGUGAUUCGAGUUAACCUUAGUAGACUUCAGGUGUCAGGAAAGGAGCCUGCAGUCUGCGCUGUUCACAUCAGCAAGCCCAGGAUCUGGAACGGCUCCACACCUCGACAAGCGUACAUGUUUUAAACUAACUCCCUCCUCACCGUCAUCUCCCAGAGCGUUUCAGCCACGUAGUCCCACAUUUCAGGAGGAAUACACUCGUGAUACAUGGGUAGAGAAUCUGCAUUAUGAAACGUUUCCCUGGAAUCUUCAGUUUUUUUUUAAGUGUAUCUACAAGGAAUUCCUAGAUCUGUCCUUGAUGAAGUCAGUCAGGUCUUUUUCAAAGCAGAUUGACCUGUGGAUUGCCCUCGUGCCUGGCCGCUUCUUAAAAGUGGGUUCCUGGAGCCUAUUCCUUUUACAAAUGGAAGCUGGGUCUUGAGGAGGGGGACCAGCGCCUGCGUUUUCAGUGGAUACCACGGGGACUGUGGUUCCAGGGGAGUCCGGGAACUCCUGACUUUAGGUUUUGUUGCAAGCUGAAAUCCUGACCACCAGCACCUGCAGUCUUCCAGUCUGGGGCUCCCUGACAGACAGACAAGUGAAGAAUUGGGGUCUCACACUUUGCCCUUUGUGAGCGAGGCGGGGGCUCCCCCUGGCUUGGGGGUGGCGCUCUUGGCGCUCACAAGAAGGGCCUGCGAGGGAAGAAUGUUGGAAGGAAGGCACCCUGCGAAUGGCCCGAGGGACCCACUGGCUUGUCUGCUGGGACUCAUUCUGAUCUUAAAUCACCGGAGGCAUGCAUAACGAAUGAACGGAAGAUGAGCUAAGGGACUAACUUUGAAUGCAAGCUGGAUUCACCCACCCAUUCCGUCGCCAAUAUGCAGAUUUGACGCCGCUUUUCCAAUGUCAUUUGAACACGUCUUCUUGUUCACGUGGCCUGCUGCAGAAUUCCCUGCUCGAAUGUGAAACUCGAACAAAGCACCGAACUGGGGAACGGUGGUCACAUAACUUAGUAGCGGGAUCUCGUGUCCAGGCAUCAAGGUGUGUUUGCUAGGCUUCUCUUCUGCCUGCUCUGCUUCAAAAGCUACAUGUUCUGGGUCUUUCUUUGAUGUUGCCAGCCAUACUCUACAAAUAUGACUUUUUGAUUUAGUUAUAAGUAAUAUAAUUUUAUGUACAUACAAUAUUAGAAUAUUGUACAGAAUCUUUAUUUCUACAAUGUGCUUUUCUUGUCAAAAAAAAAAAGAAAGGAAAAUGCUCUUUGAAUUUUAUUGAUGACAUUGCUGCCUUUUCAUUUCCAUGGCUUUAUUUUUUAAUUGCGCUUAUCGAUCUGUACCGAUGCUAAGCUAUGGACCGUGUAUGCAAGGCCAAGCAAUAGUCAGAGGUGCCAAGGGUCAGAAUACUCUGGAAAAAGGGACAACGGCUGGAUCAACAGCUUCGUCAGACCUUGCCUCACUUACAUCCUUCCCAAAGGCUCACAGUUUAUGUUUAAAGGAGCAUAAUAAUGUAUCGAUGCUCCUGUCCGGUCUUUGAGAGCUGGACAUUCUGGUUCUAUGAGCAACAGGACUGUGCAGAAAAACCAAGGAAACCUCUUUGCGUCCCUGCAGGGCUUAUCAGCUUCUCGUGGGGCAGGGCGGUCACUCUGAGGGCAAAGUGGGGUCCGUGUGCAGCACCGUCAGGAUGACAGGGUUACACGCAAGGAAUCGAGUGGUGCGCAAAUCCAGCCUUUCUGCUGGAUUAAGUGUGAAAGUAAUUUAGUUGAGUCUUCCUUUUUGGCCACUGUAAGGCCUUCCCACCUUUGCAUCAGGCAUGUCUCCUUGUCUAUGAUUUCUCUUUAGUGAGUUGGUUGAAAUUUGCACUCUUGGCAAAUAGGUGAUGGGGGGGGGUGAUAACUUUACUGGACUUUCUUCUGGCCCCAGCAGUCGACCCGAUUAAAGGGAAUCCCCAAAUCCAUCCCCCCUCUCCCUCCUGCCCGUGGAAUGACAUAUUCUAGAAUAAGAACACUGGAUGAAUACGCUUGGACACGUUUUCUAAUCUCAGAGAGUUUCUAAAAGGCCUGUUGUCAUGACCGUCACUCAGAUGUCCCUGUCCCUGGUAUCUGAUCAUGUUUUGGAAGCAAAACUGUCAGAGAUUUCCUUUAUAACUGCUCUUUCUGUACACAGCAGGCAUUAAUAAAUGCUGAAUGACAGACCAGUGACAGACAUAGAAGAUAGGCAAGACAGGAGACAUACAGGCACUUUUGCAGAGUGAUGACUGAGACUGAGUCCAGAUUACAGAGCCUGUCCUACCCCUAGGAUGUUAUUUAGAUCAAGUUUAGCUUCUAGAGUCUAGGUCUGGUUAAUUGCCAGGGUGGCAAAGAAUCGCAUGCCUCAAUAUAAACGGGAGUCAAAAUGCAUAAUUAGUUGAAGAUCGAAUUUCACAGUUGUAGAGAUGACGUCGCUGUGGUCAAGCUGCAUAUUUAUGCUGGGAAAUGACUUAAGCGGAUGACUAGUAUAAAUGUCGUUGUCCGUUAGGUCACAUCUCUCAUCUGCUUGGACUAUGGAAUUUCAUUCUAAAAUAUCAGCCACCGGGGUCUCAUUCAUUCACUACAGGAUAAAUUCACACUCCACAGAACCUUGCAGCUGUUCAAACUUGACGAGAUUGUACCUGCAAACUCUGUCUUCACGGAUGUCUAAUAAAGCCAAACUCUGGAUCUCGUGUGGCC